AUGCGACUUGUUGAUGUUUUAUGCGACAUCUCUCCAUCCUCCUCCAGCAUGGGUUACUACGACAUUGACGAUAUUCUAGCUGACUCGGAGAAAGUUCCGUGCCGCUUCACACUUACUGUCCCCGGCCUCGGUUAUCUUGAAGGAAACCCGGGGAAAGCUAUCGAGAAAGAUACCAAAGUGGAACUUCCCAUGUGGCUUGCUGAAGUUCUUGCGACAUCUUUGGUUCUGGCAGGAACAGAAGACAGUUUUGUCGAACUUCUACAGCCAGAAUUUGUGGGUCCACGUGUUCUCAAUGCUAUCCGAGCCGACCCCACUUCAGUCGAUCUACACACUAUCGCCAGCAACUUUUACCGUCUUGCUGAAAAAUGGCUGGCCCUUUUCAACGACACGGAAUUGGUCGAGGUGGUCAUGGCUAUGCUCAAGGAAAGAGCAGUGGAAAUAGACAACUACGCGUCGAACACGUCGAAUCUUGUCAAUUCAAACUUCUUGUACUCACUCGAUGAGUUUGAAAGAGCACUUUACCGGGCGACAUAUGAGAGCAAGAAACAGAUGCGGACAUGGGGAAAUACGUAG